UUUUACAAAUUCGAGAUGCACGAGGUGUCCUCUGACUCUGACAGGGACGUGUCUUGCCUGCCUUCCUUGGUGGUUGUGCAGUGUCUCACAGGAGGCACGCCAUGGUUUCUCUAGCCACUGCCUGUCCUGCACAUACGUGUCAUUUCUUCUUCCUGUGCGAGUCCAGCGCCGCUGUGCACUCGGGGAGCACUUUCCUCUCCCGGACCCCUGAAGUGGAGCUGCUGCCAUGCGCUCCAUCCUUAGGUCCUCUUUUUAACACGUCCCUCCCUGUGCUCUGCGAUGCUGUGCCUGUACUAGGCGUUCAGCAAAGUGACUGACGCUCUCAGGGGCUGUUACUCUGGCCUCUUCCCUCGCUGUUUCACUCUGGCCCAUCUCACUCCCUCCAUGAAGGAAAGCCUUGAUCAUCCAGUUGUCGUGGGGGAACCAGGCUCUCUGAAAACGUGGUCAACCGCAUGAAGGAUCCUGGCCAGCCGUCCAGAGUCGGGCCAUUGGACCCUCCAGCUGCUGCCCUUGGCUCCUCCGGAGGCCGAGAGAAAGACUCGAAACCACCCAGGCCGGAGUGCGGCAGUGGCCAGGAACCCCUGAGGGUGCAGGUGGAUCCCCUUGAGAGGUGUGACCGGGAGCAGGCUGUGCUCCAGCACGAGUUGGUCCGUGUGGCCACGACAGACAGAGAGGCAGCUGCGAAGCCCCGGAGCGUGACCCUGCGGCGUGGGAAGGGCAGUGCGGACCAGGAGAAGCAGCGGUCGGCCCAGCUGGCCAGGGAGCUGGAGAGCCAGGAGGCAGAGCUGAGACGCCGCGACGCCUUCUGCAAGGAGCAGCUGGGGCGCCUGGAGAGGCAGACCCUGAGAGCGACCGCGCACCAGGGUCUCACGUGUGUCCUGUGCCCACACUGCGGAGUUCCCGUCUCAGCUCGUCGAGGUGUCCGUUUGUGGAAGGAGCUAAACCCUCGCUUGCAUCUAUUGUUCUGUGUGUCAAGUUCUUCCACGGAGGAGGCUCUGGGCAGACCGCCUGUCACAUCCAGCUCCCAGCCUCAGUGGACUCUCUGCAGAACCAACAAGAACCUCGAGACGUACAGGCUGUCAUCACAGCAGUUCCACGAGGCAGCUGCCAAGGUGGAGGGCGCCAUCAAGCCGCGCAGGGUGCAGCCCGUGUGCUCGGGGCUGCAGGCCCAGAUCCUCCGCUGCUACCGCGACCACCUGCAGGAGGUGCUGCUGUGUGCCGACCUGGUGAGAGCCUACCAGCACUGCGUCAGCUCCGCUCACAAGGCACGCGCAGCCCCACCCGGGCUCCAGGGUUGACGCAGCCUUGUGCCGGGCCCACCGUGAUGUGGAGCCUGAAGCCUGGACCUGCUGUGGGGCCACUGUCCAGACAACAGCCGCGGCCUCCCCGCCGGCGCCACUGCCUCUGUGCUGGAGAAGGCUGUGUGCGCCCCAAUCGCAGACAAAUAAAGCAGAUGUCUGUGCCUGGUG